GACUCUAAUUCACUAUUGGGCCAAAACAAACUAGACGCUUAACCCACAAUUUUGACAAAAUCCGAGUUUGUAGUUUAUCCACGAUUAGAACUUAGAAGUUAGUAGAAGAAACAAAAAUGGAGUCACAAGGACAGUGGAAUCCGCUUCUAUCAUUUUCGCGGUUCAUCCAUCAAAACUGUAACCACCUUGCAACUCGUUUCGAAGACACAAGAAAAUUCGCUGGAACCCUAAUUCAAUCUCACACUCGCACCAAACCGGCUUUCGCCGCUACUUUAACUUCCAACCACGUCGCCAAAUCUCUCGCCGGAACCUCCGUUUACACCGUCAGUAGUUCCAACAAUGAAUUCGUACUUAUGUCUGAUGCUGAAGGUGCUAAGUCCAUCGGAUUGCUUUGCUUUCGCCAAGAAGACGCUGAAGCUUUCCUUGCUCAGGUUCGAUCAAGGAAAAAUGAAUUUCGAGGCAAUGCUAAGGUUGUUCCAAUAACUCUUGAACAGGUAUACUUGUUGAAGGUUGAAGGUAUUGCAUUCCGAUUUUUACCCGAUCCACUUCAAAUAAGGAAUGCACUAGAGCUCAGAGCCGCCAACAAGGAAGGUUUUGAUGGAGUUCCUGUUUUUCAGUCAGAACUUUUGGUUGUGAAGAAGAAGAAUAAACGUUAUUGCCCUGUAUAUUUCUCUAAGGAAGAUAUUGAACAAGAACUAUCUAAGGUUUCCAGGGUAUCUAAAGGUCCUGGAGUUUCCAAGCAAAUAAUGGUUGGUAGCUUCGAAGAUGUACUGAAAAAAAUGGAGAUGAGUGAAAAGAAUUCCGGAUGGGAUGAUUUGAUUUUUAUUCCCCCUGGAAAAAGCCGUUCUCAACAUAUACAAGAAAUUAAGGUUUAAUUCCGCGGGAGCAAACUUAAGCUAACCAUAGUAAUAGUUUUAUGUGGUUUUCUUGAGCAAAUUGGAUGUUAUUGUUGACACAUUCUUGUCAGCUGGUGAGAUGUCAGGACCACUCCCUUGCAAUAGUUUCUCUUCUUUUCUUCUCAAUUCAAGUGAAAUUUCUUCUCAUGCAGAUACUGCUUUAAGGAUUUACAAUGGAUAUAUGGGAGAGGGCAUAACGGGCAAUGUUUAUUUCAGUUAAGUCCCAUGGAACUGUGAUUGUUGAGUAUGUUAAAUACUACACAUAUGAGAUUGUUCUUACUAAUUCAUGUACAGUUUUUUCAUUUUGGCAACACUUGUUAUCUAAUUGCUUAAAUUCUACUUUUGCA